GGCAUCCACCUCCACAUGUCCAGCCACGUCUCGGUGUACGACGCCAGGAUCAGCACCGGCGACGACUGCAUUUCCAUCGGCCCGGGGAACUCCCACCUGUGGAUCGAGCGCGUCGCCUGCGGCCCCGGCCACGGCAUCCGGAAACUACCCGCAGAAGAACGAGGCCACCACCCGAACCCCAACCUGCUGCUCCGGAACGGGAACGGCGUCGGCGGCAUGGAGAGAGAGGCAUCGGCGGCGAGGAACAGGAAGGUGGUGCUGCGCGGGUACAUCGACCGCGCGCCGAGGGAGGACGACAUGGAGCUCGUCGACGGCGGCGACGUGGCGCUGCGCGUCCCCGGGGGCGCCGGCGCCCCCACGGUGCUGGUGAAGAACCUCUACCUCUCCUGCGACCCCUACAUGCGCGGCAGGAUGCGGGACUUCCACGGCUCCUACAUCCCGCCAUUCAAGCCUGGAUCGCCUAUUGAAGGGUUUGGCGUGGGGAGGGUGAUCGACUCCACUCAUCCAGGAUUCAGUGCUGGUGAUUUUGUUUCGGGGAUGACUGGUUGGGAGGACUACAGUCUGAUCACCAAGCCUGAACAGCUCAGGAAGAUUCAUAAAAGUGACAUACCGCUCUCUUAUCAUUUGGGCCUACUUGGCAUGCCUGGUUUUACAGCUUAUGUUGGAUUCUAUGAGAUCUGUUCACCAAAGAAAGGGGAAUUUGUCUUUGUUUCUGCUGCAUCCGGAGCAGUUGGCCAGAUUGUUGGUCAACUUGCAAAGCUCCAUGGCUGCUAUGUUGUGGGAAGUGCUGGAACAAAUCAGAAGGUUGAGCUCCUGAAGGAAAAGUUUGGAUUUGAUGCAGCUUUCAAUUACAAGGAAGAGCCGGACUUGGCUGCUGCCUUAAAAAGGCGCUUUCCUGAAGGUAUUGACAUCUACUUUGAGAACGUAGGGGGGCCAAUGCUUGAUGCAGUACUACUCAACAUGCGGAUACACGGACGCAUUGCAGUGUGUGGGAUGGUUUCCCAGCACGGGGUAACUGCUCCUGCUGGGGUCCACAACCUGUUCUCCCUUGUAAGCAAGAGGAUAGAGAUGAAGGGAUUCAUCCAGAGUGAUUACCUCCACCUGUUCCCACAAUUUGUCGAUGACAUCACCAAACAUUACAGAGACGGCAAGAUUGCGUAUGUGGAAGAUAUGAGCAUCGGGCUGGAGAGUGGACCUGCUGCCUUUGUUGGUCUGUUCAGUGGUAAAAAUGUUGGCAAGCAGGUCGUGUGCGUGUCACAAGACUGAAACCUGUGUACAUUGAUCCUAAUUCCAGAACCUCUGUUGGAAAGAACUAAGAAAAUUGAAACCUCCCGUUGAGCGGAGCAAUUGCAUGUUUCCUGAUCUUGUUCAGAGUUUAGAUUUUACCUUCACUUUCUCCACUUGUUGGGUACUUGGGAGUAUGUUGUCUCUUUGAAUCUACUAAGUGAAGUCAAGUAUUGACUA